AUGGCUGAUAGUAUUGAAGAGAAACCUCACCUGUUUCAAAUGCCUUUCGACACUAUGGGAUCAAGCAAUCAGGAUAGGCAGUUAAAUCCAGAGGCAGAAUCUUAUACUCCAUUGGUAGCUAACGAAGAUUGUACAAACCCACCGUUUGAUCGCAGGCUUGAUGAAGUUCCUCCAGAGGCAGCUGAUGGAGUUGCAGAUCAAGAUGGAAGAUCUGGUGGGAAUUUAUCUCAAGAAGAAGAUGAAAGACCUAAUGGAGAUUCAUCUCAAGAUGAUGAAAGACCUAAUGGAGAUUCAUCUCAGGAAGAAGAUGAAAGACCUAUAUAUGGAGAUUCAUCUCAAGAAGAUGAAAGACCUAUAAAUGGAGAUUCAUCUCAAGAAGAUGAAAGAUCUAAUGGAGAUUCAUUUCAAGAAGAACUUCAUUCUGGUCGAAAACGGUUACGAAAGGCACCUUCUAGGCUAACGUAUGAUUCGGCUGGAAAUCCAUCAUAUACAAGGUUAUAA